AUGUCCAACGUGAGCCUUGUGACCGUGUUCGUCCUCACUGGCCUUCCCCGGGCCCCAGGGCUGGACACCCCCCUCUUUGCCAUCUUCCUGGUGAUUUACGUGCUCACCGUGCUGGGGAACCUCCUCAUCCUGCUGGUGAUCUCGCUGGAUUCCCACCUCCACACCCCCAUGUACUACUUCCUCACCAACCUGUCCUUCAUCGACAUGUGGUUCUCCACUGUCACGGUGCCCAAAAUGCUGAUGACCUUGGCGUCCCCGGGGGGCGGGGCUGUCUCCUUCCACAGCUGCCUGGCCCAGCUCUAUUCCUUCCACUUCCUGGGCAGCACUGAGUGUUUCCUCUACACGGUCAUGUCCUAUGAUCGCUACCUGGCCAUCACGUACCCGCUCAGGUACGCCAGCUUGAUGAGUGGGAGGACGUGUGUGCUCCUGGCCGCCAGCACGUGGCUCGGUGGCGCUCUGCACUCUGCUGUCCAGACCUCACUGACCUUCCGCCUGCCCUUCUGUGGGCCCAAUCGCGUCCAGCACUACUUCUGCGAUGCACCGCCCAUCCUCAAACUGGCCUGUGCGGACACCUCCACCAAUGAGAUGGUCAUCUUUGUCAACAUUGGGGUAGUGGCCGUGGGCUGCUUCCUGCUCAUAGCGCUGUCCUACGUGUCCAUCGUCCGCUCCGUCCUGAGGAUCCGCACGUCGGAGGGGAGACGCAGAGCCUUCCAGACCUGCGCCUCCCAUUGCAUCGUGGUCCUCUGCUUCUUCGGCCCUGGUCUCUUCAUUUACCUGAGGCCGGGCUCCAGGGACGCUGUGGAUGGGGUUGUGGCUGUUUUCUACACCGUGCUGACACCUCUGCUCAACCCUGCUGUGUACACCCUGAGGAACAAGGAGGUGAGGAAGGCGCUUCUGAAGCUGAGACGUGCGCCAGUGUCCGCUCAGGGUAAAUAA